AUGGAGGAAAGUGUUCCCCCAAAUGGUCCCGUUCCACCCCCCCCCGCGCCAAAGUGUACAAACAAAGGCUUGCGCGACGAUAUAUAUUCUCUUCGUCGCACACAUCUCAUCAACCUUUCACUUAAUCCCCCCAGCCCAACACUUGGAAAUUUUUUUGGCAAAUCUGGGAUUGCGCGACGAAGGAAGUGUCAUGUCGUCACGCAAAUGUACAAAACAAAGGCUCGCGACGAAUACACUUCUCUUCGUCGCGCAAUCACAGUCAGACCUUUCACUUAUCCCCCGCCGCCAACACUUAGGAAAAUUUUGGGGCAAAUCAUGGGAUUGCGCGACCAAAAAGUGUCAUGGUCAUCGCGCAAAGUGUACAGAACAAAGGCUUGCGCGAUGAAUAAACUUCUCUUCGUCGCACAAUCUCAGUCAGACCUUUCACUUAUCCCCCACCCAACACUUAGGAAAAUUUUUGUGCAAGUGUAUUCGUCGUGCAAAGUGUAG